UUUUGCCUUCUCUUUUUUCUAUCAUAUUAUUCAAACUACUGUGAUCUAGCAAUACUUCAAAAGAGAACAGCUUAUUGUCAUGUCCAAAGUGGACACUGGUAAAACUGGUUUGCCACAACUGCCCUAGAUAAACCUGGGUCAUCGCUAGCUAUUGUGCCCUAGGGGGAUUUCCAGGUACCAUUUGCCAACAAUGUGGCUGGUCAAUCCUUCUUUUGCCAAUUCUAGCAAAUAGGAUCCACAUGAAUUUUAACACCACACAAUUGGAGUUAAUCAGAUACUAUGUUGUUACAGAUUGGCUACUUUAUUGCCUAGUUUGUCAGAGAUUUCAAAAUAAGUAUGAUUUAAAUGUUUUCACAGGUUAUAGAAUCCUAUAAAAGUGACUUGUUCAUGGUGACAAAUUCUGCUCUUGACUCUUAAUUCAGUAAGCUUCCAAACAAGUUAUUACAAUAUUGCAAUACUUGUUAGCAUGGAGAUUGCAGUAUCACUGUUUUCAAGAACAGACCACUUUGACCUUACAACCCAUCAACUUUGAUUUGACUAUUGAAGUUAAAUUUUUUUAGAAUCAAGGAAUUUUUUUAGAAGAAGCAUGGAUCAUACUUUGGUUUUGUGAAAAAUGCGUUUUUUUCAAGCAAAAAAAUUUUCAAUGCCUAUAUUAUGCAAAAAAUGUCUCCUGUGGAAAAAAUAUCUCUUGUUUAGAACCCUCUGUGUAGUGGAAUUGCAUCGAAAUUUAAUUGUCAUUUAAAAGGAAAGGAGAUUGUAAUAAAAGUAAGGUGUAGGCAAGGAGAACAUCAGUCUCUGCAUAUGAAAUAUUAAUUUUCUGCAGGAAUUAUCAAAUUUUGUAUCUUUGCAAUUCUUGCAAAAAAAUUGUGUUAUCUCCUUGUGUUAUUCAGCAACAUAACCCCCCCCCCCCCGCAACCCCUAAAAAUUGAUUUCUAUUCCUACUUUGUUCGACUAUGUUCAGGCAUAUAGCAUUUAGCAAUGACUGGCUAAAAUUUAUCAUUAGUCCGCAAAGUCUGUAAAGUUGUAUUGCCCUUCUCCGAAAUGAGAUGAAAAACGGAUCCUCCCUUACUGCCCUUAUACCAGCAGCUUUUGUAUCUUUUAACUAAGGCCAAUCUGAUACGGCUCAAUGUAUUUGUGGGCCACUCUAUAGUAAUUUUAACGUUUUCCUUUGCUGAUACAGGAAGCAAAAACACGAGAGCACGAGGUUUAAGGGCUACAGUGUGAAACCUUAUCGCCAAAUCAGCUGGACUCUAUUAAUUCUUUGGGCUAUACCAUCGGUUAUACCAUCGAUAGAUUCACUUAACUAUAAUGUUAGCUGGGUGCUAUUGCACUUGGGCGCUUGUAAGUUUGUCCGGCUUGAAGUUAUGCACCUUUUGUAGUUUCACGGAAUCUCGAUACAUAAAAAAACACAGGUUGUAGUUUUGUCUAAAUGCUUUCCAUUAACUGGCAUCAACUUUUGACCUUGAAUUGAUCCUUAGCUGGUACUUGAAUUAUCCACGACAUGAAUAGCUUGAAAACCAGAUUGAAAACAAUACGAUUCUAGGACAGUCGCUUGAUCAAGCUUUUUUAGUACUGGAGUAAAAUGUGCAUAGAAAGCUAUAUAUGCUGUUAAGUGUAUGUGAUUAAGUUCUUGUUGCUUCAUAAGCAAAUUGUAUAAAUACGUUCCAGUUGCGGUCAUAAGCAAAUUGUAAACAAAGCUACAUCUUCACGGAGUGGAUUUUUAGCUGUUGGCGGCUGGAAGUUUUGCCUGUCUUGUUCAUUGUCUGUCUUCAAUUCUGUUGGUUGAAUUUUGUGGGAUUUUACAUUUCAACUUUCAUCUCGGAAUUUCUUUUUCAUAAUUGAUUGCAAUGUGACGGAUCCUUAGUUAGAGGAUUUCAAUCGGUUGUUGCUCAGUAAUUUGUUGUAAUCGCUGACCAGCUAGAGUAAUAAAUGAGGGCACAAACACGAAAUUAGCAGAAUGUUUAGAUUUUUCUCUGGAAUUGUAAUUGAGCACUGAUAAAGGUUGUCCGGAAAAAGGCGUUUGAUACACGAAAAUUCAGUGGAAAAUGGAUGAGAAGACGACUCUUUGUGUUAGCGUUCAAGCAGGCGAGCAUUUGCUGUCGGGCCCUGAUUGGAUCAAGAUCGAGGACUCGAAAACAUUAAUUGAUGCUCUCGUUGAGGUCAGUGGAACCCAGGCACUUGGAUAUCAAGUCCAGGUUGUUGUUUCGAAAGAACCUAGCUUUACUGAAGCGGCUCUCGUCCAAGUUGUUAAUCAAGUAUCCAUGCUUCGUGAAUGUGGGAGUAUUUAUGUCAAGUUUCUACUAAAGUCAAGUGUUCUGCCUUCUCAGAAGCGUUAUGAAGAAAGCAAGUGCAAAGCUGAAAGAGAUACUGAUGUAUUAUCACCAUUGGAUACACUUCACAGGCAAGAGCAGCAAAAGCAAGAUGAAGACAGCAUUUACAACUUCAUCAACUCAACGUUUGAUAAGCCAUUCGAAUCGAACUACCUAAACAAGCUUUUCAGCGAGCACAAGUUGUCGCCAUCCACACUGUCGAGUUUAAGAGAGGAGCUAGCAAGAAAACACUCACACAAAGAACUUGAGCAGUACACAACCUGGUCACAACAGAGUAAACUUGCCUCACAAAGCGAGAGCAAAGAUACCAAAGCCCAAUCUUCAGACACAAGAAAACAAAUUUUAACAAUCUGGGGUAAUGAUUGUCCUGUAGUCGAGGAAGGCAAAACUACUGUCCAAGGUGAUGACACUGGGGGUGCAAAAGAUCCCAGAAGUAAACCAGAUGAGACAGUUGACGGUUGGACUGAAAAGGAUCAACGCAAAGUUGGAAUUGCUCAGAAAGAUGAGCUUCCGCUAAAUAAGGUUGAAAAUCAGAAGAAUGAAGUCAAAAGUGAGCGGACCAGCGUGGCAGGCAAAACUCCAACUAAUGCGAAAACCAAAGUAACUGACCAGCCUAAGGGAAAGACAUUACUGCCAAAAACCAACCGAUCAACAACUUUAAGGGCAAAGAAAAAUGCUGCAACUACUGCUGGGAUGUUGAAAGCAGGUAAAAAAGAUCUAGCAAAAUCUGGAAUGCCUGUUCUGUGCCAGAAAGUUAUCCGCGCAUGCCCAAGUAAAGUUACACAAACAAAACAGCGUAACAGUGGUAUUAAGAUGAAAGAGAAAGGAAGCCUUUCCACGUCAAAGAAAAGUUUUUUGCCAGUUGGUGCUGACAGAAAAGUCACGAAGAAAGUAACGGGUAAUGUAUCAGCAUGGAAAACACGAACUUCGAAAGACAAGUCUGAUUUAGAUUGCACUAAGGUUGGCAAUGCCGAUGCUAAUGGACGAAAGAAGAAUUUUUCUGGAGACAUCGGCAAAGGUAACGAGUCGGACGUUAUACCUAGGUCUUCUGUUGAAAAUGAUGAAUUAAGCAGAUGUGGCAAAGGGUUGACCCCUGCAACAUUAGAACGUAAGGAGAAAAAUUCACCUGUUGCGGGGAAAUCCAACAUUGACAGUGUUUCACUUGAUUCAGACGAAAAAGAAGUUUUUACUUUGAAGAGUCCUGCCAAAGAAAAAAAUGAGCUUUCGGUUAGCAAUGAUUCUGGCUAUGUUGUGUGUAAAGAUUCUCGUGAGAUACCUGAUGUUGUUAAUUUUUCACUGGAAGAGAAACAUAACGAUAGUAUCAAACAAUGGCCAACAGAUAACGCUAGCACGCUUGAUUAUUUGGACACAAGUAGUAUUUUGGAAUGGGAAAUUGUUGAUUCUACUAAAGAAGAAGAGAGCUCAAUUGAUUUUCAACACGAAAAACAAACCGGUCCAGCAAUACAGAGUUUUGCAUGUGAACAAAUGAACAAGAACUUGGCCCUUCAAAGUAAUUCUGAUUUAGCUUCAAGUGAACCAGGACUGUUCAGUAACAAGGAAGAAUCACCAGAAUGUUUUUUUAAUAAAGAUAAGCUAACAAGCAGCCCAAGUAGAAUCCCUCAGAUGGAGAAAAAUGAUUUCCAAAAAUCAGCCGAUCAAGAGUUUAAUUCAAAUGAUGAAUCAAAAGUCUUGGAAUCUUCAGUCAGCAAGGCUGGAGUUGUGAAAGAAUCGUCUGCUCAUUACGAUCUUUUUAGGGAAAAAGAUGGCUCGAAUAUACACGAGCCUUCUUCAUCUUUCGUCGACCCAAAGAAAGACCCUUUUGAACGUAGAUUGAAAAAUUCGUUCGAUUCUUUUGAUAUUGUUGACUCAUCAGAAAUGAGACGAAAAUUGUCAAACAACGUAGAUAAUUGUAUAAGGAGAUCGGAAAGUUUAGGUAGGGACAGUUCUAGCCCUAUUAAGAAGAAAUCUGGAUUCUUUCAUCAGCUGAAGGAGAAAACCAUUGAUCUUGAUUGCUAUAUCUUGCCAACAGCAAAAAUGGAAAGCUAUUCCUCGUCGUCAGAAGAUUUAGAAAAAAUCGACGAAUGUCAACCAUCUAACAUGUUAAAGAUAAGCUUGGAUUCGGGGAACGGUGGUCGUGAGAAGUCUCCUUCGACGUCUGAUCGGAGCAUACUUAACCUAACAUUGGAUAAAGUAACUUCGGAUGGUAGUUCAUCCUUGUCAGUUCAGACAAAAAGUUUGGAGAAGACAAGUCCGAUAUUUCUUUCUGAUGUAGGGCGAGCUUCUCCUGCUAAUAGGACGUUUUCGUUAGAUGAAGAGGAUGAUGCUCCAGACACCAAAUUGUCAGGACCAGAUAACAAGGAAACAGUUGUAAAAGGCCUUACCAACGAUGCUUCAAGUGGCAGUAUCGCAGUCGAAAUUGAAAAUGCAAAGCAUGAACCUGAAACUUUGGAAAUGCAGGGAAAGGAUGAUGGAUAUUUAUUAAGUAAUCUCGACGAACAUAUCGAAUGCCAUGUUAGAAGACACUGGGAUGAGAGCAAAGGAAUAAUGGAUCAGCUCCUUCUGACGUCUCUGGCAGAUUUGACUAGUGAUCUCAAUGCAUCUGCAGAAAGGAUAGUAAACACAAUCAGGUCUAGUCAGCGGAAACAGAAAACAUCUACUGUAAAUGAGCUUUCCAGGAUUCCAUCUGAAGCUAUGAAUCAAGCAAAAGGAGAAACCGCGCUGAUCUUUCAUAGACUCAGAUUGCUGGAAAAGCAACUUAGAGAUAUGGAACAAAUGAUAGAAAAGCCUAUCUCAGGCUGAAAUAUAGAUGGCAAUGUUGAAACAGAAUUUAUCCGUGUAAUUAUCUUCAACAACACAUCAUAUAUUAAGUAGACUGGAGUAGUCAUUCCUUUUUUAAAGUCCCGAAUAAUUUUUGGUUCGAAGAUGUUUUGAGGAGAAACUUUUCUAUUGUAAUGCUAUAUAAGUAGUAUUUGAUUUAUAAAAACUUGUUUUUAAAGCAAAGCAUUGUGAAUAUAUGAAAAAAAUCUAGGAUGGAAAUUCUCUUAUGAGUUUUUGAGAUUGUGAUCUACAUCUUUACUGUUUUUGCUAACAAUACCCAUUGGCUAUCUAUAAAUUUUUUGACAAUGGUCAAUUGUAAAAUAAAGCUAUAGACAUACUAUUAUUUCUAUUCGCACAAGCUGUAAAAUUUUUAUCUCUUUGCUCGAUGUAACGCUUUUUGAAACUGCGAUUUCAAUAAACCGGUUCACCAAAUUAUUAAAAUUCUAUUUUUAGAAUUUUUGAAUUUUAACCACAUAACAUAAAAGAUCACAAUGAAAUACUUUCAAAUUUGCAAAAUUGGCCAAAUAUUUCUAAAAUCGGUCGAGAUAUGGACAAUGAAAGAUUUGCAGUUUGCUAACGAAUCACUGUUAAUUUGGCUCUGUUCAUGAAGUUAUGAACAAAGACCAAAAUACAGAGGUUUGAUGGGGAGAGAACCAAUAAACAUGUGGCCAUAUCUCUGCUAAUUUGAACCCCAAUUGACUGAUUUUGCACAUUUAGAGGCAUUUCUUGAUAUUCUUUCACGUUAUGGGAUCAUAUUUCAAAAAUUCUAAAAAUAGAUUUUUGUGAUGUCGUCACUUAAAGCCCCGUUAAAACCCUCUCAAAAUUUCACUGAACAUCGCUCAACAUUUGUACAGUGAUGUUUAAUGAUGUUUAGUGAUGUUGAAUUGGGGUGUUAAAACGCUCUCAGCAA